CUUUUACGGUUCGGUUUCGGUUUCAAUGAAUUUACAAAAGGCCAAAUAAAACACGGAAUAAACAGUAUUUCGUAUAUAUAUUUUUUUAAUUGGCCAGAUGCACUCAAGCAAUAUUUGCAGAAGCCAGCACCUGCAGGAGAAAGGACACCUGAUCCGUCAUGUUCACCUCUCUCUGAACUUUCUGCAGCAGGAGAAGGGACAUCCAGUAGUAGUACUCCAGGGACCAGUGGAACACAGGCCAGGUACACACAGCCUGCAUCAGGUGAAGGUGAAGGGACAUCAAGCACUCAGGGCAUCAGUGAAACACAGACGACUGAGACCAGGGACACGCAGCCUGAAGCAAGUGAAGGGGCCACAUCUAGUAUUCCAGGCACCAGUAAAACACAGACCACUGAGACCAGUGAAGGAACAACAACCGCAACAUGCUCUGCUACUACACUGCCGCCUGCAGACACCUCACCCUCCUCAAUUCCUAAUAUCCAGGGAGCACCCAUAGAUCCUGCUGACUGGCCAGCCCUCUGUGAUGCGGUAAGGACUGAGUUAGUUAGUAGAGGACCAUACAAGACCAAUCCAGACUUUACAUUUCCCAAAAGAGAUGAUGGGAGAAGCUGCCACCACCACUACUUCUACAGGAAAUUAGUCAAUGGGGAGAAAGUCAAGAGAAGCUGGCUUGUAUAUUCAAGGAAAACCAAUACUCUGUACUGCUUCUGCUGCAAGCUCUUUUCAAAGAAACAUUUUAACCUCAAUAGUAGUGGCCUAAAUGACUGGAAGAAUUGCGGGGAGAUCCUGAAAAGCCAUGAGCAAAGUUCAGAGCAUUUAGGGCACAUGACCUCAUGGAAGGAACUGGAGACUCGACUUGAAAAGGGCCAAACAAUUGACAAAAUGGAAAUGGCACUCCUUCAAGCUGAAAGGAGGAGGUGGCGUGAUGUGCUGACCAGGUUGGUCGCCAUAAUACAGUCUUUGGCCGAGCGAAAUAUUCCCAUGCGGGGGAGCUCAGACAGACUAUACCAGCCAAAUAAUGGGAACUUCCUUAAGGAAGUUGAGCUCAUGGCCAGGUUUGACCCAGUUCUCAAACAACAUGUUGCUGAUGUGGAGAGAGGAGCCAGGCAUGCAACAUACUUGUCAAAGGAUAUUCAAAAUGAACUAAUUGAUUGCAUUGGUGAAAAAAUUGUUCACUAUAUGUUAAGGGAGAUAAAGCUGGCCAAAUACUAUUCCAUUAUUUUGGAUUGCACCCCAGACCUCAGCCACGUAGAGCAGUUGUCGGUUAUAGUUAGAAUUGUUGCAGCAGACGACACCGACACCCCAAAAAUAAAAGAACAUUUCAUGGGGUUCCUUGAAGUUGAAUCAUCCACGGGAGAAAGCCUCUCCAACCUCAUUCUGAAGAGACUAGAAGAGUUCAACCUUCCCUUCGAAGACUGCCGGGGACAGUCUUACGACAACGGCGCAAAUAUGAAGGGAAAGGUCAAAGGUGUCCAAGCUAGACUUCUGAAAAAAAAUCCAAGAGCUUUAUUCGUCCCGUGCGGAGCACAUACUUUAAAUCUUGUUGUUGCGGAUGCAGCAAAAAGUUCUACGGAUGCACUCAGUUAUUUUGGCUACCUACAAAGAAUUUUUACACUAUUCUCUGCCUCCACACAAAGGUGGGCCAUCCUAAAGCACCACGUCCAAACAACUGUGAAAUCCUGGUCAGAUACAAGAUGGGAAAGUCGAAUUAGCAGUGUGCAGGCUGUGAGAUUCCAGACAGCGGAGGUGAGGGAUGCCCUUCUUGAGGUCAGGGAGAAAGCCACUGACUCAAUGGUAAUAACUGAAGCACAGUCUUUGACUGAAGAAGUUGGGUCAUACCGCUUCACCAUUUGUAGCAUUGUGUGGUAUGACAUGCUGGCCAAAAUACAUCAUGUCAGCAAAGCAUUGCAGUCUGUGUCAAUGCAGCUGGAUGUGGCUCUGAAUCUCCUGAGGAAAACAGUAGACUCUCUGGUGAGCUAUAGAAGCACUGGGUUCGCUUCUGCUCAGGUAUCCGCAAGAGAUCUCUGUGAGGAGAUCAAUGUGGACACCGUCCUAAAGCAGAAGAGGCUGAGAAAAACAAAGAGACAGUUCUCUUAUGAAUCCCCUGAUGAGCCAGAAGGAGACGCACUUAAGAAAUUAGAAAUUUCCUUCUUCAAUGUUAUUGUCGAUGCGUCGGUAACAUCACUGCAAGAACGCUUCAAGCUUUUGGGUGAUGUUCAGGACAAGUUUGGAGUGUUAAUUAACUUCCCUAAUUUGACAGAGGAAGAACUCGCCCAGGAGUGCGAAACCCUCAGCAACACUCUGAGCCAAGGUGACCAUAAAGACUUUGACGGGAGGGAACUGGCACUUGAGUUGAACAAUUUCCAAGCAUUGCCAAAAGCCGGCAUGACGACAAUGGAAAUUCUAAAUCACUUAAAAGAGAAGAAACUUGAAGAAGUUUUCCCAAAUAUGUGGGUGGCCCUAAGAAUUGCUGUCACAUUACCUGUGACUGUAGCUUCUGCUGAAAGAAGCUUCUCAAAAUUAAAAUUACUGAAGACCUACCUAAGGUCAACGAUGAGUCAAGAACGCCUCAAUGGGCUUGCACUGAUGAGCGUCAACCAAGAGGUCUCAAGUCAGAUAUCAUUUGAUGAUACCAUCAACACAUUUGCCAUUAGGAAGUCUAGAAUUGUCAAAUUCUAAUGCUGCGUCACUUUGAAAGGUCAAUAGAAAUGCCCGAUACAACUGCACUUUUGUUCGUAGAGUGUUUAAUAGUUAAACUGGUGUCCAUUAUAGUGUUCUUUUAGUGUGUUUUUUUUUUAAGUUCAUAACAUUCUUUGUAGCAUUUUUGUAUAUAUUUGCAUAUUUUGACUUGAUACUUUUGGCUUAUUUUUACUUGUAUGCUUAAGUGUUUAUGAAUGUAUAUAAGUCAUUUAAAAUAAUUAAAAAGAAAAUAUUCUGAAACAUUUCUGUUUGUUGUCCAUGCAUCACACAUUUAUUUGCAAUGUAGUAUAGUGGAGCUAUAAUUGUGUGAAAAUGCUGCAAGCAAAGUAAAGGUAAAUCAGUUAAUAUGCGUCUUAAGUGAUGUUUAAUAUAGCAAUGUAAAUUAACAGGGCAACGCUCGGCUCGCUAUUGGGGGGGGGGGGGGCG